CCAGAGAGGGCCUGGUUAUCGAGAACGAGAGCGCCAAGGCCUUCUGCACAGUGGGAGCCUGCCUGCAGUCCCCGGAUUCGGGCACCUGGGAGAACCUGAGCUUUGAGAGUCUGGGGGGGAAGGAGCCCCUGCAGCACUGCAAAACCACAGAUGGGCUGAAAGGCCUUGGUUCCUCUGGCCUGGACAGUGGCAAUGACAGGCUUAAUGAAACCUCACCUUCUCCCUUUGGGCCAGAGCCAUCCAUGUCCCAUCUGGCAGAGCUUGCACAUGGCUCUUUCACUGAGCUGAACAGCAAAGAUCCCUCUGAGGAUCUGGUUGAACUUGCACAGAUGACUCUGGCUGAACCAAUGGAGGGCUUAGGCACUAAUCCAGAGAAGACCCAGGUCAUGGCCAGGGACCUGCCACCUUCUCAUGAUCUUUCUGUGAAUAGUCCAGAUACUGUGGACCUGGCCUGUUCUCCAGCUGCCAGUGGGGACUUUUCUGCAGAAACUGAAAUGCAGACUCACCUUCCACAGGCAUCACCAACUAAACUGGAUUCUGGAGAUGUGGCUUGUGCCCCAGUGGUUGCUAAAGACAUGGCUUCAUCUCCAACAGUAGCUCAGGAGUUUUCAGAGACAGAACUGGAUAAUCAGGACUUGAGAAAUCCUGAGCUGCCUUUGCAAAACUUGUCUGGAAGUGAGCUGGAGUUUCAAGACACGGGCAGUACCCUGGAGAGGGUCGUGGGCAGGGACCUGGCACCUUCUCCUGAUCUUCCUGUCAGUAAUCUGGAUGCUGCAGGCCUGGGCUGCUCUCCAGCUGCUGAUGGUGCCUUUCCUGCAGUGACUGAGGCUCAGGCCCACCUUGCACAGACAUCACUGGCUAAACUUGAUACUGAGGACGUGGCUUGUGCCCCAGUGAUUGCUAAAGACAUGGAUCCAUCUCCAGCUGCGGCUCAGGAAAUUUCAAGGACAGAACUGGAUAAUCAGGACUUGAGAAACCCUGAGCUGCCUUUGCAAGACUUGCUGGGAGGUGAGCUGGGGAUUCAGGACCUGGGCAGUACUCCAGAGACAUCACAGGCUGUGGGCAGGGAUGUGCCACCUUCUCCUGAUCUUCCUGUGAAUGAGCUGGGUGCUGCAGACUUGGACCAUUCCUCAGCUGCCAAUAGUGACUUCUCUGCAGCACCUGAGGCUCUGAUCCACCUGCCCCAGGCAGCUGUGACUGAAGAGAAGCAAGACACUGUCAGCACUCUGGAGAAGAGUCAGGUCACAAGAGACAGGGACCUGCCACCUUCUCACGACAUUCCCGAGAAUAUUCUGGAUGCUGCGGACAUGGGCUGUUCCGCAGUUGCCGACGUGGACUUUUCUGUAGUGACUUUUUUGAAGUGUUCCACAGUGAAAAGGCAGGGUUUGGAACAGCCUGGUGGCCGCAUUAAAAAGCGGGGAACCGCUUCAUUUGUGGAACAAAACUCUGUGGAGGUCAUGGACAGAGUGGAAGAAUUUGACUGCAGCACAGAGUGCAGGCCCUUCCAGGUGCACGUCUCGAGGAUUGUUGCUUCUGGACGCCUCAAAAAUGGAAAGCCGACAUCUCCCCCUGCUCAGCCGUCCCCGCAGGCAGAGCCCUUCAAGGCGCUGGUGGAGCGCUGCCGCUCGGAGCCGCUGUCACAGAGCACCCCCAUGGGGCUGGACCAGCUGGGAGGGCGCAUGCAGCACCUGCUCCGCAGGCGUGCUGAGAACGAGCAGGCUUCAAAGACCCUGAAGGUGCGCGGGAACUGCAGGAACGGCGGCCGUCGAUGGAACCUCUUCAAGCCUGGAGCUGAGAAGCUGCAGAUCAGUCGGCUGAUCAGUGGUGGUUCCAUUGUCAGUGCUGAGGCAGUAUGGGAUCACGUCACCAUGGCCAACCGGGAGUUGGCGUUUAAAGCAGGAGACGUCAUCAAGGUCCUGGAUGCUUCCAACAAGGACUGGUGGUGGGGUCAGAUCGACGAUGAGGAGGGAUGGUUUCCCGCCAGCUUCGUGAGGCUAUGGGUGAACCAGGAGGAUGGCGUGGAGGAGGGAACCAGCGAGGUGCAGAACGGGCACCUGGACCCCAGCGCCGACUGCCUGUGCCUGGGCAGGACCGUGCAGAACCGCGACCAGAUGAGAGCCAACGUCAUCAACGAGAUCAUGAGCACCGAGCGCCACUACAUCAAACACCUCAAGGACAUCUGUGAGGGUUACCUAAAGCAGUGCCGGAAGAGGAGGGACAUGUUCAGUGACGAGCAGCUGAAAAUCAUCUUUGGGAACAUUGAGGACAUCUACAGAUUUCAGAUGGGCUUCGUGCGGGACCUGGAGAAGCAGUACAACAACGAGGACCCCCAUCUCAGUGAGAUUGGGCCCUGCUUCCUGGAACACCAAGACGGCUUCUGGAUCUACUCUGAGUACUGUAACAACCACCUGGACGCGUGCAUGGAGCUCUCCAAGCUGAUGAAGGACAGCAGGUACCAGCACUUCUUCGAGGCGUGCCGCCUGCUGCAGCAGAUGAUCGACAUCGCCAUCGACGGCUUCCUGCUCACCCCCGUGCAGAAGAUCUGCAAGUACCCCCUGCAGCUGGCAGAGCUGCUCAAGUACACGGCCCAGGAGCACAGUGACUACAGGUACGUGGCCGCUGCCCUCGCCGUCAUGAGGAACGUCACCCUGCAGAUCAACGAGCGCAAGCGGAGGCUGGAGAACAUCGACAAGAUCGCUCAGUGGCAGGCCUCUGUCCUGGACUGGGAGGGGGACGAUAUCUUGGACCGCAGCUCGGAGCUGAUCUACACGGGAGAGAUGUCCUGGAUUUACCAGCCUUAUGGACGGAACCAGCAGCGAGUUUUCUUUCUCUUUGAUCACCAGAUGGUUCUCUGCAAGAAGGAUCUGAUCCGAAGGGAUAUCCUGUAUUACAAAGGGCGCAUAGACAUGGAUAAAUAUGAAGUGGUGGAUAUAGAAGAUGGGAGAGAUGAUGACUUCAAUGUCAGCAUGAAGAAUGCCUUCAAACUGCAUAACAAGGAGACUGAGGAAAUGCACUUAUUCUUUGCCAAGAAACUGGAGGAGAAGUUACGAUGGCUUAGAGCUUUCAGAGAAGAAAGGAAGAUGGUAAAAGAAGAUGAAAAGAUAGGCUUUGAAAUUUCUGAGAAUCAAAAGCGGCAAGCGGCAAUGACAGUAAAGAAAGUCAGUAAGCAAAAAGGUGUGAGCUACUCCAAGUCGGUUCCUCCAGCCUACCCACCACCCCAGGAUCCAUUAAAUCAGGGACAAUACAUGGUGACAGAUGGCAUAUCCCAGUCCCAGGUCUUCGAGUUCACCGAACCCAGACGCAGCCAGGCACCAUUCUGGCAAAACUUCAGCAGAUCCAGGGCAGCACGAGAGGAGUGCCUGGCCAGCCCUGCUGCUGCGGUGGUUUCACGCAAUUCAGAGGAAAUCCCGAAUCUUUGGACCAGGAAAGGAGAAUAGGAGCUCAUACAAUAAAUACCCAUAACUGCUGGGAGCCAGGGGGGCCACGGGCUCUGGCUGUGCCCAGCAGGGAUGGCUGCCCUUGCCAAGGACUGAGCAGCUCCCCAAGCCCCAGCCCUGCUGCAUCUCCUGCUGCUGCUGCUGGGACAGGUGACUGUGGCACCCCAGGCUUGUGCCCUGGUGACUGUGGCACCCCAGGUUUGUGCCCUGGUGACUGUGGCACCCCAGGCUUGUACCCAGCCCCUCCCUGGCUGUGCCAUGCCCAGCCUGCUGGGCAGCUAGGGGAGAAGGAGAAGGAUGGAGAGGAGCAGAAAUGUUGGCCCAGGCUUGUGUUCCCCCGUUCCUCCUGUGUGGAUGCACCAUUAAAGAGUUGGAUUGUGCUGCCUGCUCACAGCUGAGUGCUUUCAGCCUCCACGGGGCUCCAUCAAACACAUCCCUGGCUGGGUGGGGGUCCCAGGUGGGUUUGUGGAGCAGGGGGGUGACAACACUUCCCUGGCAAAGGGAAAUGGGUGCUUGGAUUUCCAUCUGGGACGUGCUGACUGUGGAUUCCCAGCCCAGGGAAGCCAGGCUGGGUUGGCAGGGGCUGAGCUCUGGCAUCUCCUGCAGAAGAAAUCAGAGCCCAUUCCCAGAGGCUGCUCCAGCAGAGCCCACAUUGACCCCAGAGCUCAUCCCACUCCCCACACAGAGUCCCUGGGAGGGAGGGGUGGAAACUGGGUUACAGGGGGUGGCUGGCACUCAGGGAAUGCCAAAAAUCCAGAGAUAACAGCCAUGAGAGGGGGGAAACCUGCUCAGCACUGGGCUUUAUCCUGUGAUUCUCCUGGCUUUUCAUAAAAAGGCACAUUGGUGACAGGUGAAGGGGGGUAAAGGCCACACUCCUCCUGCACAAACACAAACAAAGGCUGAUCCAAACUGCUGCAGAAAUGCCAGUUUGAAUGUCUGAAUUCCAUCCCCCACCCAGUUAUAACCCCUCUGCCAUUCCCAGGAGAAAUUCCAAGAGGGCAACAGGGAAAGGGCUCUGCCCUCAGUGCCAGGAUUAUCCAUCCCUGCACCAAACCACACCAUGUGAACACAGGGGCUGCUCACUGGGGUCUGCAGGGGUGCAAAGAGUCUGGAAACCAACAGAAAUGCUGUGCUGGGCUGCCCCUGUGCCAGGGCAAACAGAUGUUCCAAUAAAUAACCAUGGCUGGGAGGGUUUCUACCCAAACCUUGUGGAGGGAUCCUUCAGCUGGAACUGAGCAUGGAGAAGCUGCCAGCAGAGCCACCAGCAGCUCUGUCCAGCUGUGAGGGGCUGGAAAAAGCCUCAGCAGCAAAGGCAGAAUGAAUGACAUGGGAACACUUGUCUAGGUAAAAUAUAUGGAAUUUUUUAAAAAAUGUUCCUCUUGACUUGUGGCUCGUAAUGAAUUAAAGCUGCUCUGGAAAAUCCUCA